AUGAAACGAAAAAGAAUUGGCAUUUGUUCUGAGAUCUUUUGUUGGUUUAUUUUAAUUUAUGAUUUAAGGAAACUUUUCUUGGCUAUUUCUACCGUAUUUAUGUGGUUUCUCUUGAUCAGCCCAAAAGCAGACCGUCUGAAUAAAAGAUUUUACACAUGUUCAUCAUUCAAAGCAGUUGAUUGCUUCAACACAAACCAUCACUGA